CUGUUAACACUCGGAUUUUCUUCUUCCAGUGGCACUGUUUCGGAGCAUUUCGAAUCUCUCUGCUGUGCUGUACUUCUUUCGGCACUUGUGACGGGUAAACGCGGGUCAUCACGUAUUUAUCUUCCCGAAAGGGAAGUGGCACUGUUUUCGGAGCAUUUCGAAUCUCUCUGCUGUGCUGUACUUCUUUCGGCACUUGUGACGGGUAAACGCGGGUCAUCACGUAUUUAUCUUCCCGAAAGGGAAGGUGCUAAGCGUGGUCUAGACGUGAUAAAAGAUAGACGCUUGCUUCUUACAACAGCUACUUCUUAUUUGGAAAAGUUGAAUUAUGCUACUGUGAAAUUCUCCUUCUCGGAUUUCUGGGACGGUCGCAUGGUUAUCGGUAUCUUCGACGCCAUAUGUGCUGCCGAUCCAAUUUUGCCAUAUCGUGUACAAGAAGAUUUCGCUCGAUUGCAUACAGCAGCAGCUCUUAAGUUACCCAUCCCAACUGAUACAUCCGAGAAGCUCCUCGAUCCGUUACCCGAGGCCGAAGAUCCUUUGUCAUCCCUUCCCCUUCUUUACACCGUUAAGUCUCCCUUACUAGAGAAGUACAUCCCCGAAUGGAAAACAGCCCAUUCAGACAAAAUUAUCGAAGAUGGGCGUCAACACGAUUACGUUGCACUUUUGCAAGAGAAAUUGUCGUGGAAAUUGAGGCCCAUUGAGGAGGAUUUCACGAAAGCUGAAGUGAUUACUGAUGAAUGGCAAAAGAAAAGAGCGAACAAAGCACGUCAGUACUUGAGCAGAUGGUAUGAAAUGUUUGCAAACUCACUAGAAGGGCGUGGGUCCAAUCUUCUUGUGGAUUUCUCUCGAGUUCCAAAAGGAUUUGCGCAAGCAGUCGCUGAUGAGCCAACCGAAAAUGCAGCGAAGAAGGGCGGAAAGGCGUGGUCUGGACAGAAAGGUGGUGGUGGUGGAAAGAAGGGCGCGAAGGAGCCUCCCAAGUCUAAGAAGGAUCUCAUCCUGGAAGCCAACAAGAAGGCAAAAGAUGUCAAAUUGGUUGAAAGCGAGAAAAACAAAAUCAAGUUUGCUUCGCAGCAGGGCAAGAAGGCUGUGGUUUUCCUCGAGCGCACUUACAGUACGCUAGAACUCCCAGAGUCGAAAGCAUUGUGUGCGUUUGAAAUCUUGACAAGAGUGGGGCGCGAUUUAUUGAGUCGACUCACUGGACCGGAAAACUUGGAAAGAAGAAGAGUGGAAGGAGUUCAGUUUGUUGGCUGGCUGAAAGACUGUUUCGUGAGUCACUGGGCUCAUCUAGACAACAAGCAAAAAGAUCACGUUGUUGAUCUGUGGGCGACGUUGGGCUUCGAAGUGCCGCCUGGAAUGAAAGCAUCUGCUGAAGGAAAAAUGAAGCGACUGGACCUAGGCCUGAACAUGGUUUAUUAUCAACUAGAGUAUGGCGGUGAGCUGAUCGACAUCCAGUCGGAUCCCAGAAAAGACGAUCGUGUCACUGGUUUCAAUCCCGACGCAUGGCAGCGACGAAUGCUUGAUUCCGUAGAUCGCGGCAAUUCCGCUGUCAUAGUUGCACCCACAUCAGCUGGUAAAACUUUCGUGUCGUACUACUGUAUCGAGAAAGUUUUACGAAAUAGUGAUGAUGACGUUGUUGUUUAUGUUUCACCAUCUAAAGCUCUGAUCAAUCAGGUUUGCGGAUCAGUGUAUGCUCGUUUCCGGAACAAGAGCAUGACUCGAGGAAGAUCGCUGUUUGGAACUUUGAAUCCUGAGCAUUCUCUUAAUCCACUGGCAUGUCAGGUGCUGGUGACAGUACCCGAAUCUUUGGAAGCGCUUAUGCUAUCGACCAAUCCAAAAGUGCAGGAGUUUGUUUCACACAUUAAAUAUGUCGUGUUUGAUGAGGUACACUCCAUCGGCGCAUCGAAUGAAGCACACAUAUGGGAGCAUUUGCUUCUGCUUAUACAGUGCCCUUUCCUUGCCCUGUCAGCUACAAUUGGAAAUGCUGCGAAAUUGCAUGCAUGGUUGGAUAGUGCCGAACAAAGCAAGACUGAUCGUAAACGGAGGGUUGAGCUCAUCAUCCAUCAAGAACGUUACUCAGAGCUGGAGCUAUCCAUUGUAAGAGUGCCAAAGCCUCAACCUAUUGAAAGCAUGAUAAAUGGAGAAGAAGUUGUUGGCAAAGUGGCGGAGACAUCGCCUCCUGAACAGAUUGAAGGCAGUAUUCUUCAACAGUUCAUGCCGUAUGGCCUCUUCAUGCCUGAGAAAAUUCGGAUGUUUGGUAUUCCUGACGAUCAGCAACUUACUGCCAGACAAGUGCUUCAAUUAUAUACAACAAUGGCACAGGUCGAUGAGAAAACUAAGAAAGAAUUCGAACCUUGCCGUUACUAUGGCUAUAAAGCAUCUGAACCGUUCUGGUUGUCACGUGCAUCGCUUCGAAAACUUGAAUCUGAUUUGAAAAAGCGACUGCUGCAGUGGUUGAAUGAAGACGAGGAGAAGAUGAAGAAGGUCAUUGCCAUUUUAUCCAAACCCAUCGAUGAGCAGUUGCAGCAUAGAGCAGUUCCAUUCAACAAGCCAAAAUUGGCUCUCGACAGUAUUGUCCGAUUGGUCGAUGAGAUGAAUGAAAAGAACAUGCUGCCGGCGAUGUGUUUCAAUGACGAUCGAAAUGUUUGCGAAUCGUUAGCUAUUCGACUUGCAGAAGAACUGGAAGCAAGAGAAACGGCUUUCAUGAAUAGUGCUGAAUUCAAGACUAAGUAUGCUAUAAAAGACGAAGAUAAAUAUCUCAAAUUGGCGAAACGAAAGCGAGAUAUGGAAGAGAAGAAAAAAGCGGCUAAGAAAAAGGGAGGUAAGGGUGACGAUGACGAGAAGGACAAGAAAGAUGAUGACGGACCUCAACCCGAUGAGGAAGCCGAUCCAUUCGCAGCCCAGCGAGCAAGGCUUAAGCAAGUCCUGUCAAGAUUCCGAUUGCGCGGUCGCGGUGAAGAAGACCCAGACGUGUAUGAAAAAAUGGUGGAUAGAAUGAAAAAGGGAGCAAGAGGAAGGGAAAGCACAAGGAUACUGCUCCGUCUCUUCGAGAGAGGAAUCGGAUACCAUCAUGGCGCUCUCAACAACGCCGAGAAAGGAGCUGUUGAGGUGCUUUAUCGAAGUGGACAUUUGGCAAUAAUCUUCACUACAUCGACACUUGCUCUUGGUGUGAACAUGCCUUGUAAGACGGUAAUGUUCGGUGUAGAUACGCCAUUCCUUACGCCUCUUAUGUUCCGUCAAAUGAGUGGUCGUGCUGGACGACGUGGUUUCGAUCACUCAGGAAAUGUGUGCUUUAUGAGCGUGCCGACAAGUAAAAUGCGCCGGCUUCUCACAGCGUCUCUAUCAACUCUACAAGGAAAUCCACCGUUUUCUACCUCGUUUAUACUUCGGGCAUUGUCGUAUGUUCACCACAAGGACCUUUUGAGUGAGGAUCGCACCACAACGAUUUCGACAUUCUCUCAGCGAGCAAAGAGUGUUUUGUCGCUGCUGCAAAAUUCGUUCUCGCUGUUCACUAGGCACGAGGCUGAAAAUGGAGCUCUUCAAAGACAACUUCGCAUGUACACAGCGUUCUCUAUUCAACUGCUGAGACACCUACAACUGCUUGAUGAAAAUUGCUACGCCAAGAAUUUGGCUGGUUUUGCGGCUUCAUUAGCAGAAGUGAAUGCGGAACCCGGAAAUCUCCUAUUUGUACAUUUGCUGCAGCGAGGUGCUUUACAUGCGAUGCUCAGACAAGCUGAAGAUAAGAUGAAGGCGAAACUGAAGAUGAUUACUGUGCUAGCGAAUUUGUUCGUCCGAUGUCGUUUACCUUACUGGCUUCAAAUGACCGAUAAGAGUAAUUAUCCACCUGAAACGCGUAAUUUGAUAUUCCUCAGUGAUUUGCCCAGUGAAAUGUUAACGCUGGUGAAUGAGUAUAACAAAGUGACCCUCAGUCUUUAUCAUAAAUUCAUGGCAGCUGCAUCAAGCGAUCGAAAACUGUUUGCUCCCGAGUUCUGCCAUGGCCAACAGGACACUUCGAAUCUAUUCAUAACUGAAGAAUUGGUGUCGCCAGUAUUUGAUGGCUAUUCACAUGAUGCGACGUUCUUGCCAAUCAUUGACUUCAAUCAACGUGACCAUCGUGGCAGAAAGAUUCAAUACAAUGCCUUUGCUGUCGCCUUUUACAUGCAUGAAUCUCGACAGAAGUUGCAUUCGAUGAACUGUAUUCACGUGAACGAAAUGUGGUACCUCCUUCAUGAUUUUAUCCGUAUCAUACAACGACUGGCCGAAGGACUGGAGGCUGUUGCAAGACAACAAGAUCCGGUUGCGGAGUUAUUGCGUGAAAUCCAUACGGAGUACUACUCGAAGUUCUGCAGUGCAUUCGGAAUGAAGAGCAAAAACUAA